AUCUCCGGAGGAAGACGCGCCCGCGGCCGCGCUCCCGUGGAAACUCCCCUCCCCGUGGCCUCCCGGCCCCACGCCAGCCCUCGCUCCCGGCCCUCCGGCAUGAAGAUCCUCUUCGUGAUGCUCCUGGCGCUGGUAGCCACAGCCUCGAGGAACGUCCUGUGGGUGAUCGAGGGGACCUCUUGUGACCUGCCCUGGCAGGCUGCUCUCUUCAAAGGCGAGAAGUUCAUCUGCGGAGGGACGCUGGUGGACAAAAACUGGGUGCUGACGGCCGCCCACUGCCACGUCCCGGGUUUGAUCAGCGUGCGGUUGGGGGGCCAAAGGCGCAAGGACUCGGGUGGCACCGAGCAGCGACGGCACUCGGCCAAGGUCUUCAAGUAUCCGCGUUACAACGAGACCAACAAGGACGGCGACCUGAUGCUCAUCAAAUUACUCCUGCCCAUCCACGUCAACAAGCAGGUGAAACCGCUGCCGUUGGCUUCCCGCUGCCCCGUGCCCGGCAAGACCUGCCAGAUCUCAGGUUGGGGGUCCACCACCAGCCCUGAAGUCACCUUCCCUGAGGAUCUCCACUGCGCCAAGGUCACCAUCGUCUCGGAAGAGCAGUGCCGGCGCAUCUAUCCCAGCUCCAUCACCUCCAACAUGGUGUGCGCCGGCGAGUCCCGUAGUCGGGCUGACUCCUGCCAGGGUGACUCUGGGGGACCCCUCAUGUGCGACGGGCGGCUCCAGGGUAUCGUCUCUUGGGGCCCGGGCAUCUGCGGGGACCCCAAGAAACCCGGCGUCUACGUCAACCUCUGCAAAUACACCCGGUGGCUCCAGGACACCAUGAGAAGGAACUGAGCCCCCCGUCCCCAAUCCAUCCCCAGACCCAACGGCCAUGGGAUGGACCCCACUCCUCCUCUUCCUCCUCCUCCUCCCUGAUGAAGGUCCCCAGAGCCGGCCGGUCCGAGCGCUGGGGCACGUGCCCUGGGGAGGGAGGGGGCGGGCAGGGAUUUGAGCGCAGGGCCCCGUUGAGAAGUCGAUGAAUAAAGUUUUUCGAGGUGGC